AUGCCGCUCAUAAACAACAAAGUGAGCGAUGGAUGCACGGUGGGCACGGAGAAGGCUUUGGCUGAUGGGAAGGCUCUGGUGGAUUCUUUGGUGAAGGUGGUGGCGUGUUACAGACACCUGGCCUCGUGUGUUGGUAGCUGCACGGACAGCUUGCAGCUUCGAGAUGAGCUUCGGCAAACGCGAGAAAAGGCUCAGAAGUUAGCCGUGGACAUCUGUAGUCACCUGACCUCACACCUCAGAAACAAGAGCCUCCCCGAGGAGCAGCGUAAGGAGAUGGAGCUCCUCUGGGUGGCCUUCUCCUCCAGCCUGGAGCUCCUCCACCUCGACAUGUGCAAAGUGCUCAACAUGGGGGACACCUUCUGUCUGGCUGAUGCAAAAACCCUGGUGAAGACCGGCCUCCAAGGAGGAGGCAGCGAGGUGUGCGCUCGGGCUCUCAGCCUGCCGGACCUGAACCAGGCUCAGACCUCCAGCCUCCCUACAGGUCUGGAGGUCCAGGAGCGCGGCAGCAUGGAGAAGGAGAUCAGCCAGAUCGACAACAUGAUCGAGGACAUGGAGAUGAAGGUGAACGUGCUGCGCUGGAUGGUGGAGCCUCGGGGGCCGAAGCAUGUGGAGCAGCUGAGCGGCUCAGACAGCACCUCUCUGGCUCUGACGUCCAUCGACGAGGAGCAGCAGGAGGAGCGAAGGCCUCUGUGUCAGCGCAGCCCCGUCUUUGUGGUCUUACUGCUACUGCUGGUUGUUUUAGUGGCAGCGAGUUUAUCUGUCAGUAUUGUCUUCUUCUCCUGA